AUGGACAAUUCGCAAGCGUCGGAAAGGGAUCAGUUCCACCCAUACAUUGACAUUUCGUCGCCAGCGCUUGAGUCGGGCGACCAACUCUCGAAUAUGGCCCCUCUGAACGCUAUGGCCAACCUAGGGUCCUCAUCCUUGUCGCCUGACUUUCUCUCCGUGCAAGGCUCCGGUAACGCCGAUCAGGACAAGCAACUGGCUGUCUUCGGAGAUGCUGUCAACAAGCACUUGUCUGCAGCAGAAGCAACAAGCAGCCUGUUCCAUCUUUCGCCGGCAGAGCCCUCGGAUCUGUUAUAUUCCGACUACCUCUCGCCCCAUGUUUACACUCCGAGAUACUCUAACUCCGAUACACACUCAACGCACACCCUUUACUCGGAUACGUCGCUGGUGCCCGGUUCGCCGUUCCACGAUGCUGCAUCACACUUCAGUGAAGCUUUUACCCCCAACGACCGCUUUGAUUUGUCCAUGGGCCAAGGUUUUCUUGAGCCUGCGCCGCGCACAGUCCAAGACGCUUUCGUCAAUGAAAUAAUGUUGGGCGAAUCCGUGCUGUCAACUAAUCUUCACCAAAUGGGCCAAAGUCUCAAUGGGGCUGGCUACAACAACUCAGACUACAAAAACGACAAUGUGAAAACCGAAGAUUAUAUUCAGAAUUUAAGCUACAACCUUGACCUGAGCUACAAUCAGAACCUGAAGCUCUCCCAGAAUCUUAACGAGAAGCAAAGUUACAACCAACACCUUGACCAGAACUAUGGUCAAAGUUUUAACCAAAGUUAUGACCAAAGCUAUCCGGGCCUGAUCUAUAACCAAAAGGAAGUAUCCAAAGAGAAUUCGGCGUUUGACAAUCUGUACCAGUCGAUGCUGGUAUUUGGUCAAGGUUCGCUUUUCAGCGACUCUGUUCGUCUUACCGAAAACAACUUGCUGUCCUAUAAUGAUAGUCGUUCGGGCCAGGCCGAGACUCGAGAGGAUGUAACUAUAUCUAUUCAUCAAGCCCCUGAUGAAGUGGCUGCUCGGACCCCAUCCCUUUUUAGUAACUCUUCCCACUCCUCCCUCAACAACUCGCCACAACAUGACCUGCUUCAUCCACAAAUGGGCACUUUUGGAAGCAGUCAAGGCCACUUGCCACUAAGCCCGGCGUCCGAUAACGAUGGCCUCUUGAAUCCAGAUGAGUUUCAGAAUAUUCGUCGUGGGCGUCAAAGAGCCCAUUCCUUAAAAGUGCGGUCUCAGCUGCGCUCGCGUUCCCGUUCUCGUCUGAGAACUUCCGUUCAUGAUGACCAUGGGGACGAGCUGAAUGACAACGAACCGUCGCUGGGAAAAGUUUCCUCACGCGAAAAAAUGUUGGAGCUUGCCUCCACGGGCCAGCCGUCAAACCGUGUACAGAAACACCCAUCUUUGUAUGCUUGUGAGUUAUGUGACAAAAGAUUCACCAGGCCGUACAAUCUUAAGUCGCAUUUGCGGACUCACACAGAUGAGCGGCCGUUUGUGUGUAGCGUGUGUGGAAAGGCCUUUGCACGACAGCACGACCGGAAAAGACACGAGGAUCUCCAUUCAGGCGAAAAGAAAUUUCAAUGCAAAGGCGUUUUAAUGGAUGGCACUCCGUACGGUUGUGGACGGAAGUUUGCGCGGGCAGACGCAUUGCGUCGUCACUUCCAAACAGAAUCAGGAAAAGAAUGUAUUCGGCUUCUUGUGGAGGAGGAUGAACGAGAACGAAAGGCUGGGCGGAAGUCACAAGGCUUCCAACUACCGGAUGGUGAUUUUUUGAGCCCGUCUGAAGUUUCGGGCCAUCUAAAUAUACCUCAGGUGGCCAUUUCCCCGCCACAAUGA